GUUGCCUCCCUCCGGACCCGCACCGCAUGUUCACAUUAUGUUCCGCAUACCAUGAGUCCGCUGUAGCGCUCAACAAUGUCUGCAGCUCGAGAUUGCAGCUUUGACCGAGCUUGGCUGAAUGAGCCUGGCAUUUUCGAGCCAAGCGAUGAACAUCUUUAUGUAGAGAUCAAGGAGGUAAAUGCGAAAGUAAGUUAUUCCGAGGAGCCAAAGAGCGGAGAGGAACUCCCAGCCUUGUGCGCGACAGCGACCGACCCAAAUGCGAGAUGGGCAUUGCGACUCCUGAUUACUACCCGGGUGUAUCAUCGCAAUUCGAGAAGACACGUUCCGUACUCGACGAAGAUGAUAGACGCUUUCGGGAAACACUGGCGCAUUUCAGCUCUUUGUUUCGGCGACCGCAGCUCAUGCAGCAUGCCUUUCAAUCCCGUUCCUUGCAAUCCCUCCUGGAGCGGUUUCAUGGUCCGCUGGAUCUACAGCCUCCCCUUUACCUGCACCUUCUGCAUUGCCCACAACAGCAGCACAAAGACAACCUACGCAGUCUGCUACGGCCCCGACCGCACCGACAAAACCGCCUUUCUAGCGCGCCUCAAGCGCGCCAAAAACGACGCCUUCCAGCCCUUCCUCGCACCCCUCAUCAUGACGGACCUCACGCUCGCGGGCCUCGAGCGCUUCUCCCACACCAUCUACGACGACCACAUCCCCGUCCGCGAGGCCAUGGGCUGCAACAUGUACUUCCAGCUCGCACAGGACUACGUCGCGCCAGACCUCACCGAGAUGCCGCGGAGGCUCACCGCGCUGGCGAACGCGGUCGCGAGUAACACGUCUGCUAUGCUCCAUACGGCAGGGGUUAUAGAGCACAUGAGUGAGCAGAUUGAGCAGAGCCAUGAUGUUGACGACGCUGAGGCCGCGUUGAUCGUGCAGAUGAGAGAUCGGUUGAUGCUGAUGCGGCAGAUUGUCGCGAACACGAAGAGGAGGAACGAAUACAUCAAGGAGUCUGUGAAGGCGCAGGUCCAGAUGGUGUACGCGCUUCUCGCGCAAAAAGACAACGAGCUGAACCGCCGCUAUGGAGCGGACAUGCGCGUCAUCGCCGUCGUCACACUGCUCUUCCUCCCUGGCACUUUCGUCGCUACGCUUUUCAGCGCCAGCUUCUGGGACUUUAGUCCGGCUAACCGUGGCUCGGUGGUGUCGGAGUGGGUGUGGCUGUACUGGAUCAUCACUAUAGCACUGACUGUAGCUGUGUUGGCGGUUUGGAGGACGCAUCCGCGGCUGCGGAAGCGGAAGCCGUGGAGAGCGGCGGGAGCGGAUGAGGAAUCUGGGAAGAAGGAUGAUUGAGAAACUGUUGGAGGGCAAUGGUUAGACUUCAAUGUGAAUUUUUGG